AAACUUUUUGAAAGGUUUUUUAAUUUUUGUAAUAAUUGUGAAUCAAAAUUAAUCCGGAUAAAAUGGAAGUGUUAUCUGUGCAAAAUCAAUAUCCUGAACGUUUUACCGUCUUAACCAGUGGGACAACAAAAGCAAAAGAUUGGUCAACGCCUAUCUCCAGCUCACGUGCAAACAAAUCAUCCUCAGCCGCACGUGCCACACACAGUUCCCAGCAACACAGCCACGUUGCCGGUACACCCCUGGACGAAGAACUCAUAUACUGUGAUAAUAGCGAUGCAGCGGCCAUUAAUGAUUUGUCACUGCGUCUGCUCGAUGAAUUACGUGAGGCCAAGUCCCGCAACUUGACCUGCACCGAAGUCUCCAUACCCUGUGAUCUCACCACACGCAUAGCGUCAGAUAUCCUACGCGUCUCAGAACGUGAACCCUGCGGUGUACGCGGUUGUACCGUCUAUAUCGAAUUCGAGGAAGAGCCACAGAAUUCCCGCCGCAUCGGUACCCUUAAGGUGGACAAUGAAAUGGUAUCGACAUUUGAGCUGUAUUUAACCCUGCGCCAAGACAAACGUGGCUGGGCCAGCCUGCUGCCACAGUUCAUGAAGAAUUUGUCGCGCAGCAUAACCAUCAGUCCCGAUUACAGUUUAACCAAACACAAACUGUAUUCGCCAUGUGAAAGUAGUUAGUGUGUGGGCGUACAAUUUGCCUGGGCACAACUCCCUUCCCAUACCGCAGCUGAUGGUUGU